CAUCAGCAAUUCUUCUUGGGCUGGAUUUUCAUUGUUUUGUCUAAUAAAAUCUUAAUUAUGGCUACUUUUGAAGAAUUAAAACAAAAAGUGAGUGAGUUGGAGGCGAAAUUAGCACAAGCCCAGAGCAAUGUACCAGUUGUGCGUCAAAAAAUCGAUGUCAUGUCUUCGGAAGUAGUGGAUUCAAACCCAUACAGUCGUCUGAUGGCUUUAAAACGCAUGGGUAUAGUGGACAACUACGAAAAGAUUCGAGAGCUGUCUGUAGCUGUAGUUGGAGUGGGCGGUGUCGGCAGUGUGACUGCGGAGAUGCUCACUCGCUGUGGUAUAGGCAAGCUCAUACUCUUUGACUAUGACAAAGUGGAACUGGCAAAUAUGAACAGACUGUUCUUCCAACCUCAUCAAGCGGGGCUCAGCAAAGUGGAUGCUGCGUCGGCCACACUCCAAGCCAUCAACCCCGAUGUUACCAUUGAUGCAUAUAACUACAACAUCACCACAGUUGAUAACUUCCAGAAGUUCUGUGAUACAAUCAGCACGGGCAGCCUAACCGGAGGGCCUGUGGACCUCGUUCUUAGCUGCGUGGACAACUUCGAAGCGCGCAUGGCGAUAAACACGGCGUGCAACGAGCUCAACCAGCGCUGGUUCGAGUCGGGGGUCAGCGAGAAUGCCGUGUCUGGCCACAUACAGUUUGUGCAGCCCGGAGAGACCGCUUGUUUUGCUUGCGCGCCGCCUCUAGUAGUAGCGAGCAAGAUCGACGAGCGCACGCUAAAGCGUGAGGGCGUGUGCGCCGCGAGCCUGCCCACCACCAUGGGCAUCGUCGCCGGAUUCUUAGUACAAAACACGCUCAAGUACCUACUGGGUUUCGGUAACGUGACCAACUACCUCGGCUACAGCGCGCUAACUGACUUCUUCCCCACUAUGACACUAAAGCCGAACCCCACAUGCGAGGACUCGUGGUGCCGGAAGCGGCAGGCGGAGGUGUGCGCGGCGACGGCGGCGCGGCCCGCGGUCGAGCUCGCCACGGAGGUCACUGAGGACACCACGCCGCUGCACGAGGAUAACGAGUGGGGCAUAAGUCUAAUAGACGAAAAUACGCCAGAAGAAGAGACGACCAACUUGAAAUUAGUAGAUGGUGUUCAGGUGGCAUACACAGUACCUGUAGACAACAGCACGCCGGAGUCGAGUACGGGCGGCGCCGUUGCUGCUGAAGAACUGUCGCUGGAGGAGCUCAUGCAGCAGAUGAAGACCAUGUGAGCAUGUGGACUGCAGGAUAAUCGCCGAGUCGACUGCAAGCAGCAGCAGCUGCAGCUUUACUUUAACAGCUUUACUGUCGACUGCAUAUCAGUAGGCGGAGUGUAAGUUUUUUCAAAAUGUUUGAAGAUGUUUUACGAAGUAUGGUGUUGAAUAAGUUGCUAUUGUUUGCCACCAGUGGCGCUGUUUCGGUGCCAUGAAAAUUGAACGCCUCUACAGUGAGAAGUGAGAAAAAGUUAUUCAACUUAUACUAAAACACUUUUGGACUUAUUUUACCUCUCAGUUUUGUGGUGGCGUGAUCCUUACAUCAUUGGCAUAAAGGUCCUAUCAGAGGUAAAAUAAAUCCGAACAGUUUGUCCAUGACGUGCAGUCGCUCACGUUGACUACGACGAACUGUUAACAUAUUCACUUUGACUGCAAGAAAACAGCAUUUUGGAAGCAUUUUGAUAGCAUUUCGACCGCAUGAUGACUGCAUUUCGACUCCACAGUGACUGCAUUACGAUUGCUCAAGGAUUUCCGACGGCCUGUACCUAGUUGCUACUUUCUUUUGUAAUUUUUGUAUUGUAUAUUUUGCAUUAAUAUGUGUUAUUUCGCUUGCUAACCUUGGUUGUGUAUAUUUUAGUAACAAAUUCAAAAAGCUAGAUGUUAUAUAUACCUAUAAUGAAUGUUGUUAAUUGUUUAAUGUAAAUGUAAUAGUUUGGGCACAAAAUUUUGUUACUUGUUGGAUCUGACUGUAAAAAAUAUUUAGUUUUUAUUUUUUUCCUUUAUCUGAAGUAUCACACAACCACAUUGGAUGUCGUAUGAAAUUUUGUAACACGUCUCAAGAUUGAGACUAAAGCAUACUUACUCUAAUAUUUUGAGGUCGUGCUACUAAUAAUGAUAAUAAUAAUUGAUCAUAAAAUCUAAGAUCAUUAUAUUUUUUUUAUGAUAUUCUUUUCCCAAAACAAUUUAAAUCUUUAUGACAAACCAAAUCGUUAGAAAUAUAUUGUAUAUUUAUAAUUAUUGACGUUUCAUAUAAAAUUUUAACGAUAUUAAGAGUUGUUUUGUACAGAUUGGUGCUUUUACCAAUCGGGACCUUAACAAGUGAAAUAGGUUUAUGCCCAGAAGAUAUUAAAAUGUAUUAUCGUCCAAAAAUACAUUCCACUGUAUAACGAUUACUUAAAGUACUUAUUUGCGUCGCAUAUGUUGUAUGAAAAUGAGAAAAUAUAUAUUUACGAAGAUAUUUACAUUUUUCUGCAACACAUUUGGCGCAAGUUUUUUAAUAAUACUCUAUUGCAUUUUGACUAACUUACCAUUCUGGUAACUAUUAACGAAACGAAGUUUAACACCUGAGUUUAAUUAUUGUUGUCGAUGUAAUUUAUAAUGUUUAUAUUGUUUUUCAAUUAUUUUCUGUAUGUAAAAUAGGUAAAUGAAUGUGCUAAACUUAAAAUAAGAAUACAUAGGUAUGAGUAAUUGGUAAACUACCAAGUCAGUAGCUCUAUCAAUAAUUUUGUGAUAGAGCUCCUGAAAUGGUGUUGCCAUCAGAUAAAAUAAGUUUGUGUUAAUUUAUUAAAGGUGUUGCUAGAGCUAAGAUAUAUUGUUUAUUAAAAUUUUAUAUAAUUAAAUAUUAUCUUCUGCAA